CGCCAGUACAUACAAGGGCUACCGCAGAACUCAGAGACGCAACGGCGCAUGGAUAAUAUUGGGAACCCGUGAAAUUGGCCGAGCAAGACUUGGACAUAACGCAAGAUCGGGAUUAUGACCAGGAAAGCACCCACAAGCGCCUAUAAAGGUCUACAGUUGCACGUGGAAAGGGACCAAAUGCGUAUCAAGGCCGUGAUCAUCCUGAACUGUGACAAUGAUAGACUGCCGCAUAGAUCUGGCGUCAGAUACACUCACAGGCCCUGCCCACCCUCCGACCUCAACAGCCCGAAGCACGAAGCGCAGUGGGGCCCGCCAAUCUGCCCAAAGUGGCGACAUGGCGCGCGACACACGUUCGAGUGCGGCCGACCGCUAUCCCGUCUCGCUUCUGUCCCAAAACCCACCUCUCCCACAUGCAAGCAACGUCGGGCACACUGCUCUGUAACCUAUCUCCUGCUGAUCCCCUGCUACCUGCCUUCGUCGCGGGGAUCCGAGCGACGCCCGACGCAUGUGGCCCGUCGGGCUUCUCGUGCGCCGCCCCUGCGAUUCCGCCAUUCGAGCUUCUGAGUUCUGACAGUUAGUAUUCCGCGCGCGGGCCUAUAUAAGGACCUCACUGCGUAGAGGAAGCUCUUCACGUCCACCCCGGUACGCCCAUCAUGCUGUCCUU